GUUUGAGUUGCCUUUAAUCAAAUCCAGAAAUAAUUCUGCAAGGCUGCAAGUGAUGUCUACCCCUGAUGGAGAAAGUGUCCAUUCAUUUCUCAUUGGUGCACGAUAUAACAGGAGCAACUGCAUUGAUUCCAAGGCGUUAACUAAAUAUGGGGUGUUCCUUUCUCGCAGCUACCCUUUAAGUUUUCUAACACAGAACAGUAGUGGUAUUUCUAAACAGGAUGAAGAAAUCUCAGGACCAUCAGGAAUCCAGCAACGUAGGCCUCCUUCAGGUGAAUCUUGUGAUGUACAGCUGGCCACACAGUCUCUCGUCCAACCUACAAUUUCUGUGACUCCCAGAAAGGAAGGCAUUAUACUUUUUGCUCCUCCAACAAUCAAGUGGAAAGAAAGGAGCAAACUUGUCAGGAAAGAUCAGACUAGAAGAAGUGCACCAGAAUCGUAUAGGCAGAUACAUUCACAUGAGAUUAAAGAGGAUAUGGCAAGCCUAACUAUUUCAGCAGGCAUGCAAAGGAAUUGCUUUCAUAGAAGCCUUCAAGUGAACACCACUGAUGAAACUGAAAUUCACAAGAAGAAACGGACCAUGAAGGAUGACAACAUUAAAUCUAGCGUCUUGUUUAUUACUGUCCCAUGUAUUCCAAUUAUGAAGGAAAAACCAUAGGAAAUGGUGAAGUAUUAGUCAAAGCAAGAACAUUGCCAGAUUCCUUUUUAAUUACUGUCACUUCUUUGUAACAUGGAAAAUAAACACGCUGUACUCUAGUCUUUCUUUUGGAAAAUAGAAUCAGGACAUAGACUGAGCACAGUUUCAGAGUGUGUGGUGUUAAAGGGAGAAGGAAAUCCCCAAUCUUUUAAAUACUAGUUUACAAAGUGUAUGUUAGGCAAAAUUAGGGUAUGUUACAAAAAGUCAGUAUGAUACAUCUCCUUUAGCAUUAUGGAAUUACAGUAAUAGCACAAAUGCUAAGUAGCAAAGGUGCUAUACUGUGACAUAAGGACAUCUUUUUAUUAUAUGCUAUAGUGCUGUUUAUAGAUUGGCUAACCAAAAGAAGAUUAAUCAAUAUCCUGCAUUGGUUGUAUCUUUCAAGACACAAAUACUUAAAGGAAGUUUUAGGUAUUUAGGAAGAAAUGUAAAUCACAGGCUGAAGACAAAGUAAACAUUAUAUGGUUCAUUCACAGAAAUGGAGCUAUGGUACAGACUGUUACAAUCACAUAUUCUAUUCUUAUGUUAUAAUGCAGGCUAUAGGUUAGCCUGAAUAUAUAAUAUGCUCUGACAUGCAAAAAGAUGCCAAACUUCUAGAAAAGUAGUCUUUUAUUAAUUGCAAAUAAAAUUCUGAAAAAAUUAA